AUGAUCAAACCUUUGCUUUAUAAAAAUCAUGACUACUCUGGUGUAGGUUGAAUGAAAACUCUGCUGUUUUUCUUUUUAUUGGGGUUGUCUUAUUCCGUACUUAAAAAUGGUGUGGUGAACCAAUCCAACCUCCUAGCAUCUUUAGCUAGGGAGCCCAGAGACCUUGUGGAUGAGAGUUUUGGCGUUUGCUAUUGUAUUCGGCCAGGUUUUAAUUGCUUUAGUGGAGCGCAGUGUCCGAUUUGGUAGAUCAGUCUCACAUUCGGGUCAAGGUUUUACCUUGGAGGAUAGAGUUCAGAGCUGGAAAGGGGCGUCCCAGCAAUACCAGAAGGCUCCUCCUGAUCGAUCGGGAAAGUUCUCCAGCGCGAUACCAGGCGUUGUGUCCUGGACUGAGAAUUUUCAUCUUGGCAGACAGGUGACCAGAUUAUUUUUGAACUUUCUAGAAGUCAAGCUUUCUGACUACCAGGAAGUAUGUGCAGAUCCAUACCUAGUAGGAAUAAGACUUUGAAGGCCAUGAUACGGUUGCCGGCGAAGUAGACGAGAAGUGAAUAAGGAUUUCGGUUCUCACAGGGGGGUUUUUCUAUAAUCUAACUAAAAGUAAGUGGAAUUGUCUUAUUCCAUAGAUAUCCUUGCUAUCGUAAACGAUAAAAAUAAACUUGACAGAACUUCAAAUGAAAAACAGUUUCUGGAGUCGAUGAAAAAUACUGAACCAACUUUUGAAUGGCAUUUGUGCAACUAUUCAACUAUUUUAGGGUGUAUUGAUAUGCACCCGAAUACUCUAAUUGUUCUUGAUUUAUCAGAUGAUUUAGACAUACAGUUAAGCAUGUCUAAAAUUUGUAGAGAUCAUAUGAAAAUUCACUUACUCCUAAAAAAAAAAUUUUCUUCUCUGUCGAAAGGGGUUUUUUUUAAAAAAAUUUAAACAAAUUUUAAAGCAAAAAAUAUUUUUUAGAAAUUUAAAAAUAAACUAAUAAAAAUUACAGAAUUAGCUAGAGAUUUAAUUAUAAUAAUUAUCACUUAUAAAUCAAAAUAUUUUUCACAAAAAGUUUUACAUUAAAAAAUAUUACUUUUUACUCACAGAAGCAGUAUUUUACUAAAGAAUAUUUAUCCAAUGGUUUUCUUUGUUUGAGGGGAAGUUAGCAUUAAAAAUUAAGUACCGGUCACAUUAUUAUAAUGAAUGAACAUACAGCAUCAUUCCAUCAUAUGCAGAUCAAAUUAAUGCAUACCUUGCUAUUUUGGAUUAUUUUAAUUGAACUCAGGGACUUGUAAUUACCAAUGAACACUAUAGCCACAGCAAGCAACAAUUUAUAGAAUAUUCAAAUAAUUUCGAGCAUUUGAUUGUUGAAUCAUCAACAAACAUUGAAAUUUUAAUAAAUCGAGUUGUCAAGCCUUUAGGCGCCACAUUAUACUAUAUUAUUGCAAAUUCUGUUGAGUCCUUAAAAAUCCAAAACGCUUUGAAUAAAGCAAAGCUCCUAUCAAAAGGAGAUGGAAUAGUUUUAAAUCAAGAUAGUGGAUAUGGAUGCCAAGUUGACGGUGCGUUAAUUCUUACCUUAAUGGGCCAAGAAUAUGCUACUUCUGAAGAAGAUUAUUAUUGAAAUGAAACAGCAAAAAUGAUGUCCUUUUUAAUAAAAAAUACAAUAGGCACAGAAACUAUAGAAGAACUAAAAUUAAUAUUCAGGAAUCGCGAUCUAAUCAAUAGUUUCUCUAUUGUAAAUACUCAGAGUGGGAGAAGAGAAAUCGUAGGAUCAGUCAUCAAUGAAAAAGUAGCAAUUUUCAAAAAUUUAACAUACCCUGGGAAAUCAAAAACUAUCCCAAAAUCAGAGAAGAAAAUCUUGCAGAUGACUAUAUCUGGGGGGACUACAAAUCCUGGCUCACCUCCAUUGGCAUCUGCAGCGCUUAGCUAUAUGGGCGCAUAUACAGCAUGAAAUUUUGUAAAUGAUGGCACUUUAGGGAUUUUAAAAAAUUUUCAAAUAGAGCAUUUUAAUUUUGAUUGUGGAGUAUCAGCCUUUAAUCAAUCAUUCGCAACAGCUUGCUUUAAAAAAGAUAUAGAUAAAUUUAAAAUAGCUCAUAUUUCAGCAAGUGGGUCUUCAAUGACAAUAGGAGAAAUGGCGAUUUUCAAGAAGUUGAAUUUAACUUUCCCCAUAGUUGGAGCAGUGCCUUCUGAUUAUACGCUGAAUUCUACUGCUCUCUAUCCUAUGUUUACUAGAAUAAUAAUUUCGAACCGAUAUCUAUAUUCAUUAGCAUCAUUAUUAAUCAAAGCUUCAGGCUGAAGAAAAAUUUGCGUUUUAUACCAAAAUAAUACUCUAGGGAUAUCAGGCUAUGCAGCAUUUGUCGAAAGCGCAAUAAACUAUGGUUUAGAAAUUGUGAAUCCUGAAAACAUGAGAGCAAUUCCAGCUAACCUCAACAGAACUUCUAUGAAAAAUUAUACUGAGAUUUUUCAAGCAAUAGUUAAUACUGAAGCAAGAUUUAUCGUCAAUCUAAUUCAAGUCCCUGCUUUAUUUUACACUCUUGAAAUAUUUUAUGAUAUGGGAAUCAGAAAAGGAGAUUUUGUGACUUUUGUUGCGACCGCUGAUAAUAUUCUUUUUUUAGAAUAUGAUCAUUUAUAUGAUUACAAAAUCAAAGAAACUGGUGUUCCAAUGCUAACCAUUUAUGGGCAAAACUGAGUUGGUAUGGUUGGAAAGCGUGCGUAUUCUAAAAUACAGUCUGAGUAUAAAGUUUCACCAGCAGCUUAUGCUUGCUAUUAUUAUGAUGCAGCAUAUUCUAUUAGUCUGGCUAUUGAUUAUUUAAUAAAUCAGGGACUUGAUUACGAUAACCCAUAUCAAGCCAGCUCAGCAAUAAGAGCACAAAAGUUUGUUGGGUGCACUGGACGAGUUUCUACAGAUAAAAAUAGCAAUGAUAGGAUUUUAGAUGUCUUUGAUGUCAAGGUUAAUGAGAUAAAUGCAACUUCUGGAAAUGUUACAUCUUAUAUUGUAGGGGAGUUUCAUCCGUAUAGCAGUCCAAUGUUAAAUAUUCAACAGCCAAUUAUUUAUGGAGAUGGGACCACAGUCAAGCAAGAUGAUUUAAGAAAUCAAAAUAAUAAGUGCCCUUUCCCUGAUAAGUCUGUAAGAGUUUUUACUAAUCCACAUGUGAUUGAUUAAAAAAUUUUGUAAGGGUCAAUUGUUUUAAGUUUUAAAUGAAAGCAAAAAUAAUUUAGAAUGCAAAAAAAUAUCCAAAAUUUAAAGAAUUCUUAUAUUUAUUUAUAAAAAUUUUAUAUUAAAACAAUUUUGGCUCUCUGAGAGUAGGUUUAUGAGAAACAAUUUUUCCCGCUCACGGAGGAGGGGAGAGUAAGGGAAGAAUACUUGUAUUUGGAAUAUGCUUCGGAGUUGCUUUAAUAUCUGUAAUUAUCACUUCAUAUAUAUGAAAAGCGUGAUGGAAUAUACCUAUUGAGCCACUGAAAGAAAGACAGGAAAUUUCUGUUCAAGAUUUAAUUGUUGAAGCAACUAUUGGCAUCGAAUUCUUUCAGUUUUCAUCAAUGGGGCCAGAUUUUUCACCAAUUAAUGGCUUUUUAGCCCCUCCUCUUUGUCAACAAGCAAAAUAUUUUUGAUCAUCACAAACAGAGGGGGUUAAUUUUUUAUUAUUUAAAUUGAAAGCUAUAUAAAAUUUAGAAUAAUUUUGUUGAUAACAUAAAAUAUGUAAAAAAGUAUUUUAUGUAAAAUAUUGAUUUUUUUAAAAAUCACUUACUAAGCAGGAGUCAGCAAAUAUCAGUAGUUCUCUGUCACUCAAUUUAGAAAAUAUUUUGAAACUCGAAAAUGGAGUGUUUUGAUAUAUUAUUGAAGUUGUUUAUGGAUCUAUAAUACUAUGGCUUAUUUUAUGUAUAGUAAUUCUAUUUAGACUAGAUGAAAAAUUUCCUCAUAUAUCUGCAUUCAGGUUUUUAGCUUGACUUGCAGAUUUUUUAAUGCCAAUUUUAGGGAAUUUGUGCUUUAUACCAUUUAUCUCAAUGUGCUUAAAUGUGUUUGUAUGCGACCAGUCGAUAGGAGAUAAUUUUACCGACAGCUUUCUUGCUCAAGAUUGCUAUUAUUUUUGUUGAAAAGGAGAGCAUCUAGUAUAUGCAAUUUUCUCUAUAAUUGCUCUUCUGCUCUAUGAGCCUUUUGCAGUUUUUUGCAGACCUUUGUGGCAAGAACUCCAACACACCCUGCACAUUCAUGCAGCACCUAUAUUUUUGAUGGUUAAAACAGUUGUACAAAUAAUUUUUAUAGUCAUGAAUAAAACUGUUAAAAGAGCUGAGACAACAGUUCACGGAAUUUUAUAUAUAGUUAUAAUGAUUGCUUAUAUUACCUUUUUAUUUAUAUAUAAGCCUUACAACUAUCCAAGAGUUUGCUGGUGACAAGCUUUAAGCUUAAUUGGAGUUGUUUGGCUUGCCAUUCUUUCAACAAUAUCAGCAAAUAUUCAAGCCAACUAUCUUUAUUACUUUCUAAGUUUGUGCUUGGGAUGGCUUUUAUUGGCUUUUAUUGGAAUUUAUGUGCAAAUUAAAAAAUACCCCAGCUUACUUUUUAGGAAAAAAGGCUUAGACACAACUAAUUUAUUCAAAUUUGCAUUUGGAUUUGGAAGACACUCAAAAAUGGCACUUACAAAAAUAGCCCCAGCUAGAUCAUCAGCUCGAGAGCCAUCAUCCAGAGAAUUUUCAUUUACUAAGUAA